AUAAUUACCCUUUUCUCAAAGAUCAAUUUUCAAGUAUAUAUAUAUAUUGCAUGAUUGUGAUAAGGGUAUCUCACAUUCUCACAUUAUGGAAGGAACUUCUCAAAGACUUCCUUAUACCAUAAGAUUCAUUGGUCUACUUGGUAGUCAUUCUCUUGGUAGAAAUCCAAAGUUUAUGGCUACUACGGUAGAGUUAGGAAGGGAAUUGAUAAGGCGAAAGAUUAAACUUGCCUAUGGAAAAGGUAGUGUUGGCCUUCAAGGAGCUGUUGCUUCAACAGUCUUUACCAAUGGUGGUCUCGUUAGAGGUUUCAUUCCUGGUUACAUAGCAACACGAGGUGUCUACGGACCUACGUACGGUGUAGAGCAUACAGUUUCCAGCAACUAUUACAAGUAUUUCGAGAUGAAUCACGCCGUGGAAGCUUUCAUCAUUCUUCCCGGAGGAGUUGACACUAUGGAAGGUUUGUUCACCUUGAUAUCGUGGGCUUCUGAAGGGUUACACAGUAGACCCAUUGGUCUUUUGAACAUUGACGGUUAUUUCAAUAACCUAAUCAAGUUUCUAGACGAUGCGGUGAGACAGGAUUUCAUGGCUUCCACUCAGAGAAAACUUUUCAUUUCUUCUUGUUUUCUAGGUGAGCUUUUAGACAAGCUAGAGUUCGCUAAAGCUUUUCCGGCUUUUGGGGCUAAUUAUGAAGAGUUUGCAAAUCCCAAGGGAUUAGAUUUGGAAUUACAUUUGUAAUAUUACUUCAUGUAAUCCCAGUUGUAUUUGUGUCGGAAUGAUAAUAGUUAUGAAUAUUAUUCUGCGUUGUAUGGCCAGUGCGAUCUGCAUUUCUUCAUUAUUCAAUCUUUCACUGUUGGUGUCACUAUUUCACGUCUUGUUUUAUAUUGUCGCCACGUCGCAAUCUUUCAUGUCAAUAGGGUAUACGAACAAGUGAAUUACUUUACUUCAUUAUUUCAAUCAGACUACAUCGACUUUUUUGAUGAUAAGCAAUAAGGUCAUUAAUCGCUU